AUGUCUGACUCUAUUAUUUCCUUUGCUGCUUUCAUCCUAGCUGAUGCUGGUUUGGAAAUCACCUCUGACAACCUAUUGGCUAUCACCAAGGCCGCUGGUGCUAACGUCGACAACGUCUGGGCUGAUGUUUACGCUAAGGCUUUGGAAGGUAAGGACUUGAAAGAAAUCCUAUCUGGUUUCCACAACGCUGGUCCAGCUGCUGGUGCUGCCGCUGCUUCUGGUGCUGCCGCUGCCGGUGGUGAUGCUGCUGCUGAAGAAGAAAAGGAAGAAGAAGCUGCUGAAGAAUCCGACGACGACAUGGGUUUCGGUUUAUUCGACUAA